AUGGACAUUGCUCGAGCUGGAGUAGAGCCGAUUGUGAUCAAGUUCUAUCGGCAGUACAUGCAGCAGAUCAAUGAUGUGACUUAUCCGCCAGGCGUGCUCCUGGUAAAUCCGGACGUCCAAGACUGCCUGUACCGGUAUUUCUUCGAUUCUAUCCAGAACAAAUACUUGCCUCCUCCACGGUAUCAGACCAGGAUACUGAGACGUCUGAUUGAAGAGAUUGAAAACUCUUGCAAGGACCCUGAAGAAGAUCAAGUCUCCGAUCAUCUCAUGGAGCAUAUGGGCUACCUUUCUAGCCUCCCCCAACAGGACCAGAUAGAAGAAGCACAGCAGAAGCAUGUCCACUCGUACUACCCUCCACUCCCCCUUGACGAGCCUGGAGUUCGACCAGUCCUUAUCCAUGAAGCGAGAAAUCUGCUCUCGAGAGGCAACAAUGUUGGCCUUCGUACGUGGGAGGCUGCAUUGCAUCUAGCGUGGUAUCUCUUCACCCAGCAGGCAGACAUUGUAAAGAACAAGCAUGUCCUUGAACUGGGUGCUGGAACUGGACUUCUUUCUGUGCUAUGCGCAGCUCAUCUCAAGGCCUCUUCUGUGGUGGCAACUGAUGGUUUAGGACUCGUUUGCGAAGGUUUAGAUGAAAAUGUCCGGUUAAAUGAGGAGAACGACCUUCUUGAGAAUUGUCAGUCACCGAAAGUUUGCCAAUUGGACUGGACGGAUCGACCAGCAAUUGAUGAGUUAUUGAGCGAAGCAGAGAAGUCAGGCGUGCGCUACAACCUUGUCAUUGGCGCCGACAUUACUUACCACCCCGACAUCCUGCGGCCACUGGCGGAGCUCCUCAACAUCCUAAAGAACCACUUUCCGGACGUCGUCAUCCUCAUUUCGGCUGCUAUUCGAAGCGACACAUUUUCUCAGUUCACUGCUAUAUGUCGGGAUGAUCUUAAGUUUAGAGUUCGCGAAGUAUCAUGUAAGAUUCCUCAUGGGCUGAGGUACUGCGGAUUCUUCCACUCGGUGGCUACGGAAAUCAAAAUCGUCUCUCUUGAACGUUGA